GUCUUUCCUCCUUUUAAAACCCCAUCAAAUUCUCUCUCCCUCUCAAAACAUCUUACUGGAGAAGGUAGAAACAGAAACCUUCGGCUUAAUUCAGGUAGUCCCCAGUCUUUUUCAGGCCAAAACAGGCAGACCCCAACAACUUUCUGCCAAAACAAGGUACACCCGAACGCUUUUCCGGCAGAAAAUUAGACCCAAACAAUUUCCCAGAAAAAAAUUCAGUCCGAAACCUCAAGAAAAUCUCAAUACCCACAGAAUUCCGGCCACCCAUAUUUUAUAAACCUUCAAAAAAUACAAAUUUCACGAUUUCCGGCCAAGCUGGCUAGAGGAAUCCCAAUUACUUCAAGAAUUUGAAGCUUAAAUGGAGCUCUUAUGGAGCUGGACCUUUCUCCCUUUUUUUGUUUACAUACUCAGGGUUAUAAGAAAGCUUAGAAAAAUGGCUGGAAACAGUUUUCUCUCUCUCAACCCAACCCAGAAGAGCUCUCUCUCUCCAACUCCUGUUUUCUCUUACAGGCCGGAAAAGAAGUCAGCAGACGAAAUUUCAGCCGAAAAAAUUAUGGGUUUUGCAGGCGAGAGAGAGAAGACAGAGAAAAUAAGUGCACCAAAAAAAUUGAAGUUUUCAGGAGAGAGAGAGAAGAGAAGGCCUGCAAGGCUUUUGAUACCUGAACAAAGUGUUUUGAGAGGAGGAGAGAGAGAUUGGAAACAUGAAAAAGUGAGGGAGAAGGAUGUGGAGGUUGAGGGGUGUGGGUUUGGUUUGGUGAGCAGGAAAGGAAGGAGGCAAGUUUUGGAGGAUGGCUACAAAGUUAUUUGCAAUAUUUUUGGUGAUCCCAAGCAGGCUUUAUUUGGGGUAUUUGAUGGACAUGGUGGACGUGAAGCUGUGGAUUUUGUUGUGGAGAAACUUGCCCAAAACAUAGUAAAGGCUCUUGGAAAGAGAGAGACUGCUCACAAUUUACAUGAGGAGGCUAUUAGGGCCGGCUACUUAACUACCGACAAGGAAUUCUUAUCUAAGGGUGUGAGAAGUGGUGCUUGUGUAGCUACAGCCUUCCUCAGCAAUGGUGAGCUCCAUGUAGCGAAUGCAGGGGAUUGCAGAGUGGUUCUUAGCAGCAAAGGAACUGCAUAUCCUCUAACCAGUGAUCACCGUGUAGAGAGAGAGGACGAACGUAUUCGAAUCGAGAAUUCUGGGGGUUUUGUUGAUUGCGUCAAUGGAGUUUGGAGAAUCCAUGGCUCAUUGGCAGUGUCUAGAGCAAUUGGUGAUACAUAUUUGAAAGAAUGGGUGAUUGCUAACCCUGAAAUAAAUAAGCUUAAACUCACACCAGAUUGUGAGUUUUUGAUUAUUGCCUCUGAUGGAUUAUGGGAUAAGGUAACCAAUCAAGAGGCAGUUGAUCCCUUGGGAUUAGUGUAUUAAAUGUGAUUAUUUGGGAUAUUAGGUAACCAAUCAAGAGGCAGUUGACAUGGUUUCAACAAACAAGAAAUCAGUUACUGGUUGCAAGAAGCUUGUGGAUAUCUCUUCAAGUAGAGGAUGCAAGGAUGACAUUACAAUAAUGGUUGUUGACCUUAAAAGCUACAUUUAAUUACCAUUUGAAGGUUUGUGUCAUGUGCAAAUUUGGAGGCACUAAAACACGAGGUGCUUCGUAAAGCUCAAGGAUCUUGAAAAGCAAUUCCAUUCUAAUUUUUGUACUUUUAUCAAUGUUCUUCAUGCCAAAAUAGAGGUUUUUCCACAAUAAUUAAUUUGACAUUCAAUUACUACUCAUCAAGUUAUGUUGAUAGAAGGGAUAAGUGGAAAGAAAGUUUCCCUAGUGAAUUUAUUUAGGCCUUGUUUGGGGAAUCUUUUUGUUUGGAUGUAGCAAACUACAUAAUUAUAUUUACUUUUACAUCUUUUUGUUUGGAUGUAGCAAUAGAACUGAAUUAUAUUUACUUUUAAAUCGGUGGCUAACAAGCGUGGUACGUUAGCAACUGUAUUUUUGUAUAUUUGAAUCUUAGGCUCCUAUGGA